AUGACGGAAUACAUUGUGAUUUCUAUGGGCCUUGCCGUGGGUAGCUUUGUGGGAUUUUUCCUUUUGAUCCUACUGUUGUUGCGUUUGAAUUCGAAAAAAAUUUUCGGCAUAUAUCCUCGCAAAGGAUUAUUUUAUCACUUGAAAUAUGGAAUAGCUUUGGUAGUGCUGAAGUAUAUGCGUAGCAAACUCUGUCAUCGAAAAGAGGAGGAAAUGGCAAGCCUGGAGCGACCUCAGGUUAUGUCCGAACAUCCCAAAUCCUAUGAUGUAGUCUCGUUUAUGGCAGCCAAUGUAAAGGGAGAAAAGUUAUUGGUCACCUUGGAAAGGCGUCGUCGUGGAAUUAUUAAGGCCUGCUUGUUUUUAUGGCUGCCGGAUUAUGGUCGUUUAGCUUUUCCCAAGAUGCCCGAUAUGUUCUAUUUCACCACCAAUGGCGAGGAAGAGAACACCGAGUUCAAAGGCAAUGGUCUCCACAUAUAUCCCAAAGAACCCAUGAAAUCCUGGUGCAUUAAAUAUGAAGGAGCUCUGGAGCAAGUUCCGGAAAAUAAACUCUUCCAAGUGAAAUUGGAUUUGGAAUUUACCUCCACGGCCAAGCAUUUUGAUUAUAAUCGCGAUCUUAGCUCCUCUUUGAUUGCUGAUGCCACUGCUAGAGAAGCCUGGAACGAGGCCUUUUAUAUAAUGUGCAUGAAUGUGGAUAAAAUUCUGGAUAAUCGCACGCACUAUGAGCAAGUGGGCAAUUUAAAAGGUGACCUCAUGGUUGAGGAGCGUGGACGGACUACGCUAAACAUGAAUUGCAUACGUGAUCAUAGUUUUGGCACCGAUCGUUGCCUUUCCACUAUAAAUCGUUACGUCUAUUUCUCGCUCUUUCUGGAGGAUGGCACCACCAUGGUGGUGGGCAAUCUUUCGCAACCUUCGUUCUUUUUAUCUUCCCUCAAAGUGGGCUAUGUAUGCACAAGCCAGGGCGAGUAUGAGCCCAUAACCAAAUGCAAUUUCGAGCUGUAUUCCUAUGGUGAAAAGGGUGUACCACCAAAUCAUCAAAAUUUUGUGGUGCACACUGCAGAAAUGAAAUAUUUUGUGCAAAUUAAAGUUGAAGAUUGUGCCAUACGUUACAUAGGAGGUAACUGGGAGUCCAAGGUCUACAAUCAAUUUUUUUCCUGCACUGUUAAUGGUAAACAGGGACAUGGUAUAACGGAAUAUCUGUAUCGCCACCAUGGCGGCCGCCCUGAAGAGGUAUGUGGUCAGGAUCCCGAAUGGUAUCAACGAAUUAGGAAAUUUGAAAGAACCUUAAGCAAGUAUGAGGAUGAUGAUGAAGAGUUCUUUUUCUAAGGGAAAUAGGCAAAAUUUGUUUGUCUUAGGUGUGGUUAUAAUUAAAAUGAAACUUUCAUAAAAAAAAAAUUAUUUUUAAAAAUCUUCAGUUAUUUAGAAAGAAAACCAAACUUAGCCGAUCUUGAAAUAUUGUUAUAUAAAACAAUAACUAAAAAAAUUAAAGAUUGAACAAAAUUUAAAAAAAAAUCAUGUCCAUAUAAAAUGAAAUAAAAUAAAUAAAAAAUAAUACAAAAAUAAAAUAUAAAAAAAUCAAAUAAAAAUAAAGUAUAAAACAAAAUAAAAAAAGGUAAAAUAAAACAACCUAUAUAUAAAAAAAUCCAACAAAUAAACAACAAAAUAAAACAAAAAAUAAAAUAUAAUAAAAUGAAAUAAAACAAAAUAAAAAUAAAAUAAAAAAUAAAACAAAAAUAAAUAUAAAAGAAAAUUGA